AUGGUCAGGUGGUCUGAGCCCUUCUUUCUGAGUCCCAGAGCUUCCCCCAGGCAGACAGCACACCUGCCUCACCCCCCUGACCUCCCGCCUCUUUCUCUGUCCUGGCCAGUGGCAGCACCUGACCUGCUGGACCCUAAAUCCGCUGCUCAGAACUCCAAACCCAGGCUGUCGUUUUCCACCAAGCCCACUGUGCUUGCUGCCCGAGCGGAGAGCGACACGGCCAUUAAUGUUAUGAAAUGGAAGACGGUCUCCACGAUCUUCCUGGUGGUGGUGGUCUACCUGAUCAUCGGGGCCACCGUGUUCAAAGCCUUGGAACAGCCGCACGAGACCUCUCAGAGGAGCACCAUCGUGAUCCAGAAGCAGACCUUCGUCGCCCAGCACGCCUGCGUCAACUCCACUGAGCUGGACGAGCUCAUCCAGCAAAUAGUGGCAGCAAUAAAUGCAGGGAUUAUACCUUUAGGAAACACCUCCAAUCAAAUCAGUCACUGGGAUUUGGGAAGCUCCUUCUUCUUCGCUGGCACUGUUAUUACAACCAUAGGAUUUGGAAACAUCUCACCUCGCACGGAAGGGGGGAAAAUAUUCUGUAUCAUCUAUGCCUUACUGGGGAUCCCCCUCUUUGGUUUUUUGUUGGCUGGAGUUGGAGACCAACUAGGGACCAUUUUUGGAAAAGGCAUCGCAAAAGUGGAAGAUACGUUUAUAAAGUGGAACGUCAGCCAGACCAAGAUCCGCGUCAUCUCCACCAUCAUGUUCACGCUGUUCGGCUGCGUGCUGUUCGUGGCCCUGCCGGCCGUCAUCUUCAGGCACAUCGAGGGCUGGAGCGCCCUGGACGCCAUCUACUUCGUGGUCAUCACCUUGACCACCAUCGGCUUUGGUGACUACGUGGCAGGUGGCUCGGACAUCGAGUACCUGGACUUCUACAAGCCUGUCGUGUGGUUUUGGAUCCUGGUGGGCCUGGCCUACUUCGCCGCCGUCCUGAGCAUGAUCGGAGACUGGCUCCGUGUCAUAUCCAAGAAGACAAAGGAAGAGGUGGGGGAGUUCCGGGCCCACGCGGCCGAGUGGACCGCGAAUGUGACGGCUGAGUUCAAGGAGACCAGGAGGCGGCUGAGCGUGGAGAUUUACGACAAAUUCCAGCGGGCCACCUCCAUCAAGCGCAAGCUGUCGGCCGAGCUGGGCGGGAACCACAGCCAGGAGUUGACUCCUUGUCGGAGAACCCUGUCUGUGAACCACCUGGCCAGCGAGAGGGAUGUGCUGCCGCCUCUGCUGAAGGCAGAGAGCAUCUACCUGAACGGACUCACGCCCCCCUGUGCGGGCGAGGAGAUCGCUGUGAUCGAGAACAUGAAGUAAGCCUCUCUCGCGGGAACCUCCGACGGAGCCAGGGUAGGACGCCUCUGCUCGUGUUGGCUGUUGCUGAUAGCAUUUCGUAAAUUGUGCAUGAGCCCCCCAGGGGGGUUAGAUACACCCAUCCGGGUCCCCUGCCAUCGGGAGGAUUAGGAUUCCGAGCCAGCCCUGUCUGUCUGACGAUGCUUUCUUCGACACGUGGAAUGAACACCCAGGUCUGGUGCCCACCUGUGCCCAGACUGUCUUCCUCCUCUUCUCCUGACGUGCCAUAUGCCUCAGAAUGAGUCCUGUGUGUUUCUGGUAAUCACGUAGCUUCGAGGGUUCAGCCCUUCACUAGUCGGGGUGUACCUAACUGAGCCUAGAAAUGGACUGUUGUGGAUGACAACAUUUCUUUACGUCAAUGGCAGGAAAUUCUUAUGCAGUCUUUUACCUAAGAAAUUUUCUGUCAGUGCCUUAUCUUAGGAAGAAACAGAACCCCCUAGCUAAUGUGCGGUUUCUCUUUCCCCACCCCAUGCCCUCAGGCUCACCUCUUGGUCCUUUACCCCAGGGCUCCUGCUUGGAAUCCCAAACCAUGUGAAAAGAGUGUAAAAUGACCUAGUGAGGAUGCCCAAGGCAGGGCAGUCCUUAGAAAGCCAGCUUAGGUGGGCAUUGAAGCAACCCUAGAGACCCUACUGGUCAAGGCACUGCAGAGAAAUGGGGUGCAAAGGUGGCCCCUCUGAAUAUUUAUUUGAUCCACUGCCCACGGUACAUUAGUGCCAGGUCAGCAAAUAUUGGCUCCUUGUAGACAGCUCUUUUGUUCUUAGAAGCAUUUGGAAUUUAUCAGUUAUAAAUAACCGCGUGUUGUCAAAGGUAGAGGAAGAGUAUCUACACGCAUAUGUAUGUAAGUGAUACGACGGUUGUGUGGUGGAGGUGAGUGAGGUGUGGAUCGUUGUCUGGGCACAGAAAAAUGUGCUACGAGCCAGUGACCAUGCUGAGCACCUACUUGCUUUCUGAUGUAUGAAAAUUACGUGAUUUUCUUUUGGGGGAUGACAGUCCCGGGGGAGGGAGAUGAUGCUGCAGUUGGGAGGGGUGUGGUCCCAGCCUCGGGGUUCACAUCUCUGGGGAGACAGCGUGAGAAUGGAACUCUGGACGGGGCCACUGUGAUUUUGCACAUGGGAAAGAUUGCAGACAUCACCUCUGAUGUUCAAGAAAAAGCUAUUAUAGCACAAUUGAAAUCUCGAGAACCUUUCCUUUUUAGAUAGAAGAUGCUGAUAACCCUUUCUAGUUUGAUUUUAUAUCCUGUAAUUCUUGGGAUGUUUUUAGGACUCAGAAUAAAAUCAGCAAAGACACCCAGUAGCUAGCUCCUGACCUUUAUUUUCAUAUUACAUCUGCUGUACAUUGUAUAUAUAAUUUUUAAAGCGCAGAAAGUAAAUGAUUUCCCUAAAUAUAAUUACAAAACUUAUUUCUUUUACUCUUGGGGUGUGGGGUUUUCUGAAUAAGUGGCAUUCAGAUGAGGGUUUAAAAAAACCCAGGAUCUUAAAAAAAUACAAAAGAUUAACAGAUGCAUAUUUUCCAAAAUUUAAGCUAGAAGUGUAAAUAUUGUUAACUUGCUGAAGGUACUUUUAUAAACUUAAAAAAAAAUCUGAACCAAAAUCUUAGGAAGUCAGGCUCUCAUGGAAAGGAAGCAACAUCUAUUUCUUCAGUGAUGCUCUGGAAGUCCCCGUGGCGGGCUGCACCGUGUAUAAACUGUGAAUUGUACUGAUAAAUAAAGUUUGUA